UGUAUGACAACGGGGAUCCACUCGAUGGCUCGCUUUGACGUGAGUUUUGAGGGAACAGUUGGAAAUUGUUUAUUCCUUUUUCCAAUUGGAUUUUUGACAAUGCGACGCUCUGUACAGGAUUUCUGGAAUCGGUGGUCCAGAGACUACGUCAGCCAGCUCCAUCAACGCUCAAAGUGGAAAAGGGCAACCACGAACAUUCAGGUGGGAGCCUUAGCCUUGCUGAAGCAGAGUAAUCUUCCUCCAUUCUUGUGGAAUCUUGGCAGAAUCGUGGAAACGUACGCCGACCAAGACAGACUAGUUAGAGUGGUUCUAGUGCGGACGAGCCAUGGACACUACAAACGAGCUGUGACGGAAAUCAGUGUACUACCAAUAGAUGCCACGGAUGCUGCUAAUACUGAAGAUCAACAACCAACAGAUGAGCAACUACCAAAACAGUAAUGUUGAAACGGACCGUUUCAACGGGGCCGUGUGUGUUUCAGAAGAGAAUUUUUUGUACAAUUAUAUCAGUGUACGAUGUACGAUGAGUUAGGCACUAGAA